GCAGCUUGCAACCAACGGCAGACCGGCUCAUUGUCAUCACUCCAGCUCCGUUCCCCAGCAUCCCAUCUCGUUUGCUUCUUUACUUUAGUAGGGGAACGUCCUCCUCCAUCACCACCCUUGCUCACUCGAUUGACCUCGGAUGCCACGUGCUUUUAGCGUGUAGUUGCUUCAUCGACUUUCAUCAGGAGAUAACAUCUCAGAACUUCUUUCUCAGAUUCACCAACCCAGAGCUGACAACAAUACGGUACUCUUCACAUCUUUUUUUCGGUUAAGAUAAAACCAGAUUACAACAAAAGCCGGGUUCGUCGUUUGAAGAACUUCACUCACCCCUUCUCCCAACCACCCCCGGCAUCCCGUCGCGUCUCGUCUCAUCCCAACUCCGUUCUCCAUCGUCUCGCCCAUCUGUGGUCUCCGACAGCCAAAACUCACCACCCCACGGCCCCUUGUCUGAAGGGACAACCCAAGAACGGACUUUUGGAGGAACCAAGUGUCUACCUUACCUCACGGACUGAACAGUUGGAACAGGGCAGCAAAUAAGGGACUUCCCAUAGAAGACGCGGUACGUGCGUGGAUUGUCUCUCUCUCCCGUGUGUGUUUCUCUCUCUUUUGCGGCUUGCCUUGUUGUGCAUGUGCUGGCGAUGCUUUGGUUCCAUGUCUGCAACCCCGUACGCAUGAAACAGAUCGACCCGGCCCUCAUUCCACGCGGGAUCUACCUCGCCUUGCCUGCCCUCUUCUACCUACCACACGCCACCACCACCUCUUUUCCCUUCUAAUUGGGAGCUUAAACUUCAAGAAACAGCUUUGAUCCGGUGUUGCUCUUUUCUUUCUAUUUCACCAUUUACCUUACAUAACCUUACCCUUACCCGGGAGUUUAAACGCCUAGGCUGGCUUCUUCAUUUGCGUGUCAUUGGGAAAAGUUCUGGCGACUUACGCAAAUCUUAAGGUCAACAAGACAUAGUACCAAGGAAACCGUCUACUGCGCGCUUUUCGACAUUGAGGUCUUUUACGAGAGUUCUAGACGCAGUCUUUGACAGAUCUCGCUUUGCUCAUCUCGAAACUCGGACAGCUCGCCUUUUCGUCGCAACGUAGACGUUGGAGGAGUCGUCGUCAUCAAAGAGAACUAUCUACGCAGGCAUCGCUCCUCAAGAGAAAAAGAGACUCGAAGAACAACCGCAACAAUGAGCGUCCCUUGGCGCGGAGUGUCCGUCAGCUCGGCUGCAAUCGCCGUACUAUUGGCCCUGCGACAACCAGUAUUCUCGAGAUGUCACCUGCUAGUCGCCUUCGUGGGCGCAUUUGCCUUCCAGAUGCUGGCUUGGGGCAUCUUUGUCGUCUUCUUGUUCCCCCAGUACUUCUCGUCUCUGCGCUCGCUUCCGGGGCCCAAAGGUGAUCACUGGUUGAUGGGACAGUACCCGAGGAUUAUGCGCGAGCCGACUGGCGUGCCCAUGAUUGAAUGGAUUAACACCAUCCCUCACGAAGGCAUCAUUCGCUACCGCGGCUUGUUCAACCAGGAGCGCCUCCUGAUCACGUCACCCAAGGCUCUCGCCGAGGUGCUCGUCACCCACAACUACGACUUCAAGAAGCCCGGCGCCGUCCGCUCGUCCAUCGGCCGCAUCCUCGGCAUCGGCGUGUUGCUGGCCGAGGGCGACGACCACAAGGUCCAGCGCAAGAACCUCAUGCCAGCCUUUGCCUUCCGCCACGUAAAGGACCUGUACCCGCUCUUCUGGAGCAAGGCAUGCGAGGGCGUCCAGGCCAUCACCGAUGCCGUUCACGCCGAGGCCGCAAAGGGCGCCACCGAGGGGCUCACCGACCCGGAGAAGGCCGCCCUGGGCCCCAACACCGCCGUCCUGGAGAUUGGCAACUGGGCGUCGCGCACCACGCUCGACAUCAUCGGCAUGGCCGGUAUGGGCCGCGACUUUGGCGCCAUCCGCGACCCGGCGAACCCCCUAAACCAGACCUACCAGCACGUCUUCAAGCCGAGCCGUCAGGCCCAGGUCCUCGCGGUCCUCGGUCUCCUCCUCCCGGGUAACCUCGUCCACCAUCUUCCCCUGCAGCGCAACGGCGACAUCGCAAAGGCAGCCAACACCAUCCGCGCCACCUGCCGCGAGCUCAUCCGCGAGAAGAAGGAGAAGCUGGAGCGCAAGCAGCUCACCGACAUUGACAUCCUCUCGGUAGCGCUCGAGUCCGGCUGCUUCACCGAGGACAAUCUCGUCGACCAGAUGAUGACCUUCCUCGCCGCAGGCCACGAGACCACGGCCUCGGCCAUGAUGUGGGCCAUCUACUGCCUCUGCCUCAACCCCGAGGUCCAAUCCCGCCUCCGCCUCGAGAUCCGCGAGCGCCUCCCGACACCGGGCACGCCCGGCGACAUCACGGCCCUCGACAUCGACCACAUGCCCUACCUCAACGCCGUCUGCAACGAGGUCCUGCGCUACUACUCCCCGGUGCCCAUGACUCUCCGCGAAGCCGCCGUCGACACCGUCAUCGACGGCAACAAGGUGCCCAAGGGCACGCGCAUCAUGCUCUGCCCGUGGGCCACAAACAAGGACACCUCGCUCUGGGGCGCCGACGCGGGCCGCUUCAACCCGGACAGAUGGCUCCCCUCGCGCGACGGCGGCGACGCUGCGGAGACCAAGAAGACGGCCAACAGCGGCGGCGCGACGAGCAACUACGCCUUCAUGACGUUCCUCCACGGGCCGCGGAGCUGUAUCGGGCAGGGGUUCGCAAAGGCCGAGUUUGCGUGCAUCCUCGCCUCGUGGAUCGGGCGGUUCGAGUUCAGCCUCAAGAACAAGGAGGAGUACGACGAGAAGAAUAUGACUAUCAAGGGCGGCGUCACUGCGCGUCCGUCAAAGGGCUUGCACGUGUACGUCAAGGUCGUCGAUGGUUGGUGAGUUGCUUGUGUGCGUGUGUAGGUGUGUGUGGAGAGUGAAGGAUGUGCUUUUGUGUUGUAAUUAAUGAUAUGAGCAUGACUGACUGGCUGGCUGGCUGGACUGAACUGGGCUGGGUUCCUGGUAUGUGUCAAAAGCACAAAAUGACGUAUAUAAUGGGAAAAGGGGGCACGCUGAGCGCGCAGACGAGCGAGGUCUGUCCCAGC